AUGUCUCAUCAGCCUGGAAUAGCUGAGACUGCCGACUCCAUAUCGAAGUCUCUCCAGUCACUGUCUCUCCAACCCGACAUAGCUGAUAUAGCCAACCCUGUCGGGAGACCGCACACCUUCGGCCCGGUUCAGCGGGUGGAUGUUGAUGGUCAGCAACAUGCCUAUAACACAUUGCGCCGGAAAAAGCAUACCCAACAGGACAUGACGAACUUCAUGAAUAAAGAGGUUGUGCGGUUCUUUGCGAAAUUUGGGUGGGAGAACCCGGAACGCGAUGUGCCACCAGGCGGCGCAGAGCCGGAUCAGGCGACAAUAAGUGCCUACGAUGCGUCGGCGAAGGAGGCCAGACGAGCCGUGGGUCGAGGGGUUGCGAGCGAAGAGCACAAGAGACGAGAUAAACUAGUCCAACAUGUUCGUACGAUAAUGCUCGCUCGAUUCCAGACAAACUUCCCCGACUCUAAGAGACGGGCUACUACCGGGAAGAAACAAGGCGCCGACAUCACGAAGCUGCUUCUGAAGUACUGGGAAAGACCGUCGAUGAAGCAGCUCUACAAAGUGUGGGCCAGCUCGAAGCCGCGUCCGGACCUCGAUGCGGAGAUCGAUCGUAUGUUGGCUACAGUGAGAGAGCAAAAGGGAGAUCCCGAGUACAAGCGGAUUGGAUUGUGGAACACAGUGGCAGCCGAUUGGUAUAGAUCUGCCAGCGAGAAAGAGAAGGAGGAGACGAUGGAGAAGGCGAAGGACGUAUUGGCCGAGGAAACGAAGAAGUGGAAGGAAGAUCUCGCGGGGCCUAAGAGUCUAGAAGACGCCGUAAAGUUCAUGUCGGCGUCGAAAGACUUCUUGGAGGACCUCAUGGAAUUCUUUGCUGAGCAUUGCGGGGGUAUGGCAGUCAUGAUUCUGGCUGGCGCGGGAAAAGUCAUGGUAUCUGAGGGUGUAUGCGACAUAUCGGGCAAGCCCAAGGUCAAGUAUAGCGAAAUUCGUGAUGAAGAGGUAGUAUUGCAUGCGGUGUCCGAACGCAUACAUGCCCAAGCCUGUCUGGUCACCGAGACAAAGUGGGGUGUGCGCCUCUCGGACUACAGUGAUGAGCGCGCGCAAAAUGAGCGAGAUACGCGCGAGGGCGCUGGAGCGACGCAUAGCCCAGAAGCUCCUACCGUUUCGCCGAUAAUGUCUGAUGACACUGCGACAGCAGUCGCCCAAGCUUCAACGCGACGUGAGGCCAAUAGGGCCGAUGUUGACCAGUCGUCGAAGGAGACUAUCGUCUCUCGUCAACCAGCGUUAGACAUCUCUCCGUUGCCAGAGCUGCCUGUCGGGGGCGUUGUUCCCCUAGAGACGAACGCGGGCCAGAAGGAGAGUGACUUGGAUGACGAUCAAGCGAAUGCUGCAGAAGUUGAGCAGUUGGAGGAUACUUAUCAGCAUGAGGCGCCGGCCAUGGAUGUAUGGGGUGACGGCGAGUUGAAUCACCGAGGUUCUCGUGCAGAGGAGUUGUUGCCCCAGAAGAAGCCCAGGCCCAAGCCCCGUCCGACGGCCCGAAAACAGAAGUCUACAAAGGGAACAAUACCUGAUGCCUCCUGUUUUGACGACGCCGGUGCUGCCAUCAACUCUGACCAUUCCAUCAGGACCAAGUGCGCAGGAGAAGUUGCGAGAGACAAUCUGCCCGCCCCGCCUUCCUUGCCGCCCCACCUUUCGUCGUUGCGUUCAGACCAGUUGCACACCACAAGAGGCAAUGAAGAUGUUCUGUCGAGGUCCGACCGCCAUGGUGACAGCGGUCUAGAUAGUGGAGACGGCGUUGGUGAUAUCAUGCACAUCAAAGUCUUCGACGAGGAUUAUGAACCCUGCAGCCAAUCGGCCUCUGCUACCAAUCAGAGACUUGACCUACCAGUUGUGCUAAGCCAUUUGGUGAAUAACCUAGUCCGCGACCAGUCUGAGGAGACUUCCCAUUUUGGGUCGAAAGGUCGGUCUGCGACGUGGUCGAAGUACGUGCUGGGAAUCCCCGAACGCUACGAAUCCAUGGGAUGGUCAGUGUCUCGUGCUGUCCUUCAAAAUGUCCUCGAAAAAUACCUGGAAUUUGAGCUAGCGAAGCCUGCCCCGGCGUCUGCGUCUUGUCAUGGCUGGUCAGCGUUCGAAUUGCAAGGCGAGCGAGCCGACGUCAGACCGGUCUAUCUGAGUAAACUACAAGGCCCGCAUUACACGGCCGCUUGGCCGGAUUUAGGAAGGCGGAGUAGUUCGGCGCAUGAUGCGAAGCUCGCUGAUUGGAAUAUCGGGGCUGCCUUGUGUGAGCAAUGGCGUCUCUUACAGCCAGCAGCGCGCAUGAAAGGAGGGUUCGUUAGUGCUGUGCCCAGUGCGAAGAUGGACUGGGGAGCAGCGCUUCUCGGCGGGAAAAGAGGGGCACGCGUGCUCAUACUAGGGCUGAUGAUUUGGGCAGACAAGCUAAAGGACAUACAGGACGGCACGACGAAACACGACUGGGAGACGUUGGCUGCGGAUAUGGCGCUCGUAUUUGACGUGAGAAAGCAGCAACUUCGAGCUUUGGCGGAGGCCGCAAUGUCGACGGCAUCUUCCGCCAUACCUCCAGCAAGAGCCGGACGUGAUACCGCUAGCCUCAAGGUCGCAAGUGGAGAGGUGCGAGAAAUCGGCGGAAGGCCGAAAAGGACCGUGGGUGGACGAGCAGACCUCAGGUUUGCGGAGAGGUACGACGCGCUGGUGGAGCAGCAGAAAAGGAGCAAAAAGUAG